AUGUCCGAGGCCAAGAAGUGCGUCCAUCAAGGUUGCGGCAAGGUCUACACCGACCCUGAGGAGGUCUGCCGCUACCACCCUGGACCCCCUGUUUUCCACGAAGGCCAGAAGGGAUGGAAGUGCUGCAAACCGCGCGUGCUCACCUUCGAAGAGUUUAUGGCCAUUGAGCCUUGUACCGAGGGCAAGCACAGUACCACCGAUCUUCCUCCCAAGAUCGAGAAGAAGGAGGCCGAUGAAUCACUGCUCGAGGCUCAGGCCGCCAACGCCGCCAAUACCCUUCCGCCACCACCCCGUGCGCCCGUUGCGCAACAUGCGCCCACCCCUCCGCCGCCGGCGCCAGAAUCCGAGGAUGACGAGGAAGGAAUCGAGAUCCCGGAUGGCCGCGUGUGCAGGAGAAAGGCUUGCGGCGCGACCUACCAGAAGGGCGCCAGCCGCGAGGGCGAGAAGUGCGUACACCACCCCGGCGCUCCCAUCUUCCACGAGGGAAGCAAGGGGUACAGCUGCUGCAAGCGCCGCGUCCUCGAGUUUGAUCAGUUCAUGAAGAUCGAGGGCUGCAAGACCAAGGAUCGGCACUUGUUUGUCGGCAGCGGGAAGAAGGAGGCUGCGGCCGCAUCGGGAGGCGAGGAGAUUUUGGAGACAGUCAGGACCGACUUCUACCAGACCCCUUCAUCAGUCAUCGCAUCUUUCUUCCUCAAGAAGAUCAACAAGGACGUCGCCAAGGUCGAGUUCAAGCCUAACGCCAUCGUCCUGGAUCUGCCCACGACAGACAGUCCCGUAAAACGGUACAAGACGGAGGUGCCGCUCUUUGGGUCCAUCGUCCCUGAGAAGUCAAGCUACAAGAUCCUCGGCACCAAGCUGGAGGUUACGUUGUGGAAGGCAGACGGCAGCUCUUGGCCGGUGCUACGCAGCGAUGACCGGCCAACAGGUGAGAUUUUGCAGGUUGGCCGGGCCGGAAGGGUGCAGUGAUUGAAAGCAUGAGGGAGGUACCGGGCUAGAAAGAAAGAAAGAAAAAAGAGCGAGGGGAGCAUGCCAGGUUUCCAUUGUUGAUUGUGUCUCGAACUUUUCCGCUCCGUGUGUUGUUUGUUUUCGCCGAGAGCGCCGCCAAGGGACGGGACACGGAAGAGGUCAGCUUUUGGUCCCGAUAAAAACUGCGGUGCAGGACGGUCUGGAAGCACAACCACCGGCAGAGCACAGUUUCACUCGGAAGCCAAGAACGACGCCAUAGACGCACGGGGUUUAUAAAAGCGCUGAUUUUGAUCACUCCGGUUUCAAAGCGAUUAUCAAGGUAGGAGAG